AUGGCGUACGGCUGUGCAGCAGACACGGUGGACGAAUACUUACGUAUAGGUGAAUCUACCGCAAUUUUAUGCUUGGAAAAUUUCACUUCAAGCAUAAUAGAAUUUUUUGGAGAUCAAUACCUUAGACGUCCCACACCAGAAGAUCUCCAACACCUGCUCGAUGUUGGAGAGUCACGUGGCUUUCCCGGCAUGAUUGGAAGCAUCGACUGUCUGCACUGGGAAUGGAAGAAUUGUCCAACCGCUUGGAAAGGUCAAUACACCCGGGGUGCAGGAAAACCGACAAUCGUAUUAGAAGCUGUGGCAUCAUACGAUCUUUGGAUAUGGCACGCAUUCUUUGGGCUCCCAGGUACAUUAAAUGAUAUAAACGUUCUUGAUCGCUCACCUAUUUUUGACGACAUAUUACAAGGUCGAGCUCCGAAAGUUAGGUAUUCUGUGAACGGUCACAACUAUAAGUUGGCUUACUAUCUAACUGACGGUAUCUAUCCGAAAUGGGCAACGUUUAUCCAAUCUAUUAACCUUCCACAAAGUGAAAAAGAACAAAAAUUUGCCAAAGUUCAAGAAUCUGUCUGUAAAGAUGUCGAGCGUGCUUUCAGGGUUCUUCAAGCUCGGUUUGCUAUCAUUAAAAAUCCGGCACUCAUCUGGGACAAGGAAAAAAUUGGAAAGAUUAUGAGGGCAGCAAUUGUAUUACACAAUAUGAUUGUAGAAAACGAACGAGGUAACCGCAGUUUGUACGAUAUAUCUGGAUUCCAACAACCAGACGGAAGCAGAUCAUCACAUGUUGAUAUGGCGUAUUCAAGAGAUAUGCCUACAAACAUCAACAAUAUGAUUGGCAUUCGUAAUGAAGUUCGUGAUCAGCAAUACAUAAACGUUUAA